CUUUAGUCUGGCAAUUUCCAGCUUCUUUUCCUGACACUGAAUCCAAAAAAAAAAAAAAAAAAACAAUACAUAGAAAGAGAAAUUAAAACAUAUAUAACAUGUUAAAUAGUUGAUCAAGAAAAAAAUAAAGAAAAAUAAUGCAGAAGUAAGUAAAAAGAAGGAACAAUACCUAGUGGAGAUGUUUGAGUUUGUAAGAAACUUAGCUCAUGAGCAUGAGCAGGUGGUGCCAAUCUCAGUGUUUGUGGCAAUUCUCUGCCUAUGUUUAGUUAUAGGACAUUUGCUUGAAGAGAACCGAUGGGUCAAUGAAUCAAUCACUGCGAUCUUAAUUGGAGGCAUAGCAGGAACAGUAAUCUUGUUCUUGAACAAAGGAAAAAGCUCUCACAUCCUUAGGUUCAGUGAAGAGUUGUUCUUCAUUUAUCUCCUCCCACCUAUUAUAUUCAAUGCAGGAUUUCAGGUGAAGAAGAAACAAUUUUUUCAGAACUUCAUAACCAUCAUGCUGUUUGGAGUAAUCGGGGUUUUUAUCUCUACCUCGAUUAUUACAGCCGGCAGUUGGUGGCUGUUUCCCAAGCUAGGAUUUUUUGGUUUGACUGCACGAGAAUAUCUCGCUGUAGGAACUAUUUUCUCAUCAACAGAUACAGUUUGUACAUUGCAGGUCCUUCAUCAAGAUGAAAAUCCUUUAUUGUACAGCCUAGUGUUUGGAGAAGGAGUAGUGAAUGAUGCAACAUCAGUAGUUCUCUUCAACGCAAUUCAAAAGAUCGAUGUUUCGAGAAUUAACAGCCGAACAUCUUUCCAGUUGAUUGGUGAUUUCAUUUACCUUUUCUCUACAAGUACUGCUCUUGGAGUUACUUUCGGACUUGUAACAGCGUAUUCUCUCAAAACCUUAUACUUUGGAAGACAUUCAACUGUUCGUGAACUUGCUAUUAUGGUUUUAAUGGCAUAUCUGUCUUACAUGUUAGCUGAGCUGUUAGACCUUAGUGGGAUUCUCACUGUUUUCUUCUGCGGAAUUCUGAUGUCACACUAUGCAUGGUACAAUGUGACCGAAAGUUCAAGAAUCACGACAAGGCAUAUAUUUGCAAUGAUGUCAUUUGUUGCAGAAACCUUCAUCUUUCUCUAUGUAGGAAUGGAUGCUCUUGACAUGGAGAAAUGGAAGAUGACUCGACUAAGUGUUGGGACUUUAAUGGCCAGCUUUGGAACCUUAGUUUUUCUAAUAUUGGUCGGACGUGCUGCAUUUGUGUUCCCUCUCUCUGCUUUCUCCAAUUAUUUGAACAAGCAUCCCGAUAGAUCAAAACCAUUAACUUUCAGACACCAGGUGGUUAUUUGGUGGGCUGGGCUAAUGCGAGGGGCAGUAUCAAUUGCUUUGGCUUUUAAACAAUUCACAUUUUCUGGUGUGACAUGGGAUCCGGUCAAUGCAGCAAUGAUAACAAACACUAUAAUCGUUGUUCUCUUUACUACUCUGGUAUUCGGUUUCCUAACAAAGCCCCUUAUACUCUGCCUGCUUCCGCAGCAUGUAACUGACACAAGUGACGAGGCUCAGGGAUCGAAAUCCCCGAAGGAGGACAUCACCCUACCUUUGCUAUCCUUUGAGGGAUCUGCCUCGACCAAUAUCCUUCGAGCAAAGGAUAGUUUGAGUAUGUUGAUCGAAAGGCCUGUGUACACCAUACAUUUCUACUGGAGAAAGUUCGAUGACAGGUAUAUGAGACCGAUAUUUGGAGGCCCUAUUAGCAGUCCACCAGAAUGUUAAGAUAGCCAACAUCGUUAUAGGCAGUGGUAAGUUCAGACUGAAACUGGAUUGACAUAAUCAAUUGAUGGCAGUAAGUUUUCCCUUUUUCCGAAGGGCUGGUUGGGUUUUAAUGUUAGCAAAUGGCAGAUCGAGAUAGUACUAUGCUAGAGGAAUUGAACGAGUCUGGUUUGGACUUUUUGGACUUCUAUAUUUGUGUUAAAAACAGUCUUGAACAUACUCUAAAAUAGAUUGCCUUAGAAGGGAAGCUAUUAGUGAAAAAUAUGAAAAUUGAAGUAAACGCAACAAGAAGAAAGAUGGUAAAAUAUAGCAACAGUUGCAAUACAGUUUCAAUGCAAUUUAACCCAGUUUUUAUCUUAAUUCAAGGAUGAGAACAAUGAGAAAACUGAGAUAAUUCAUGUUUGAAUCUGUCAGAAACUGUUUUAUUUAAGGACCAACUUACCCUUGCAUUGUGGUGAUGUUGCCGCGACAAAUCAAGCGUGACAUGUUUUAUCAAAACUACAAGAUUGCUUGGUUGGUGGUGGAGGAUAUUUCCCUGUGACCACCGGCCGGUAAAGGUCCAGCAUGUUCAAUGCAAUGUUACAUACAUGGUUGGCUCAUCAGUUCCUUGUACCUGUGCAAUUAGCAACAAUGUUGCAACCAAGCAAUUAGACAAAAGUUUUUCGUUAGACACUACCAAAAAAGAAGCGAAAAAGAAGGAUGCAAUUAGUAAGAAAUAUGUUUAUUACUUGAUAUUACUGAUGAUGGGUUGGGCUACCCGAUCUAAAGUUUCAUCCAAAAAUGGGAGGCUCAAAAAAUUGAGGCCCGUUUAGAAAAUUGGACAGGUCUCAAGUAAAAUUUUUUUGGCCUGACUCGGCCCGAAUUAUAUACUGAAUAUUUUAUUUUAUUUUUAAUCAUUUUUAAUUGUUAACAA